AUGUUAGACCGUCAAUAUGGAUUUGUAGGUGCAGAGUUAUACGUGGGUGUAGAGCCUAUAAGAAGCCACCGAGAUGUUUUCCCCAUUCGAUAUGCCAACGAAGGACCGAGUGCAUCGUUUAACUAUUCACAUGGCGGGCACUUCCAUGAUCCAUAUGCCACUCAUAUUGGUCAUUAUUCUCAAGAUGCGGCUCAUUCUCCAAUCAACAUUGGCGGUGCUAACUAUCAUUCUCCAUAUACCCAUGUUGCAACUGAGGACCAACAUGUUCCUUCUCGGCCAAUUUCCAACAGUGAUGCUGACUAUGAUAAUCCAACUGAGCAUGUCACACAAGAGACUACUUGUUUUGAGUUUGAAGCUCAGUAUGACCAAACCGCCUCUCAGAGAGCUGCUAAUGAUCCUAAUGAUACACAUCGCAUAGCUGCUACUACUGAAAAUGCGGUCCAUACAUUAUCAGAAAGGAUGCGGACUAUGGAUAGUGAUGACCAACUUGAUGACGAUGAGGUCCUUGAUGAUAUUGGAGAUGAACAGGAGCCUCCAAAUGAAGGUAAUCAUGAAAGCAGUCCAACUAUGGGAGUCCAUCAACCUUCAUCACUAAGCUUUUCACAGAACACGUGGGAUAAUAUAAUUGAUCCAACCCCACCAUUUGAAAAGCCCACUCAGAGUAUUUGGGACCCUACCCAAGAGUUUUAUGUGGGCUUGCUUUUUGCCGAUAAGGAUGAACUACAAGCUGCUGUUAAACGCUAUCACAUCAAAAGGAACCAAACAUUUUGUGUAAGAGAGUCAGAUCCAGAAUGUUGGUCUGUAAGGUGCAAAAAUUGUUCUUGGCGUCUUCGAGCAUGCUUCCGGGCUACAUAUGGGUUGUUUGAGGUUAGGAAGUACAAUGGUCCACACACAUGUACAGAGUCUACGCUCACACAAGAUCACGAGCAAUUAGACACCCAUGUUAUUGAGAAAGAGUUGAGGGAUGUUGUCAAAAAUGAUCCAACCAUAAAGAUUGCUUCACUUCAACAGACUCUUUACAAUAAGUACCAAUAUAGGCCUUCUUAUUUCAAGGUGUGGGAGGUAAAAGAGAAAGCAAUUGGUAGAGCGUUUGGUGAUUGGGACAAAUCUUACCAAUUAUUGCCAAAAUGGUUGAAAGCUUUGACUGAUUCAAACCCGGACAGCAGGGUUAUUUGGAGAACAAUACCUGCUACUAUGCCAGGCUGUGCGAUAUUCGAGAGAGUGUUCUGGGCUUUUGGUCCAUCAAUUGAAGGUUUUCAACAUUGUAGGCCAGUGAUUAGUAUAGAUGGAACUUUCCUAUAUGGUAAGUAUAAAGGUACGUUACUGAUUGCAUCAACUUGGGAUGGUGACAACAGACUUUUUCCACUUGCCUUUGCCAUUGUGGAGAAGGAAACUGAUGAUAGCUGGUAUUGGUUUUUGCGUUGUAUUCAGAUUAAUGUCACUAAUCAAGAAGGGUUAUGUAUCAUAUCUGAUCGUCAUCCUGGUAUAAUGGCAGCGAUACGGACUAUAUGUCAAUCGACACGUUGGUAUCAUCGUUUUUGCCUUCGCCAUGUGGCUAGCAAUUUCAAUCAACAAAUUGGGAAUAAAAACUUGAAGGCUAUGGUAAUGUGGGCAGGCAUGGAGAAUCAGUUACGAAAGUAUCAAAUCACCAGGGAUAGAAUUACUCAAUUAAGUGCAUAUGGUGAGAAGUAUUUAAGGGAAAUGUCGGUGGAAAAGUGGACGUUAGCAUACGAUGGUGGACAUCGUUAUGGGGCAAUAACCACAAACUUGUCUGAAAGCUUCAAUGGAAUUCUAAAGAGUGCUAGAAAUCUGCCCAUAACUGCAUUAGUUGAACUUACAUACUAUCGUUGUGUCGCCUACUUUACCGAUCGGUAUACUAAGGCAUGUGCAGAGGUUACUGCCGGUGAACGUAUUACGGCCUAUGCAAAGAAUAAAUUCAAUAAAUGGGAAAAAAAGGCACCAAAGCAUUCAGUUACUGUGUUCAGUCAUGAAGAUGGUCUGUUUGAAGUCAGAACACCAAUAAACCCUAACUCUGCAUAUAGGGGUAAUCAUCGUCAUGAGGUAAAUUUGAGGCAGAACACUUGUAGUUGUCAAAAAUGGCAGGUUUAUAAGAUUCCGUGCUCACAUGUCAUUGCUGUGUGUAAAUAUCAAGGCAUCUCUGCAAUGCGAUAUAUCGACCGUUGCUACCAUUUGGAAGAACAAGUUGCUUGUUAUGCACCUAGAUUUCGCAUAGUUCCGGACAGUGUACAUUGGAAUGAGCCUAAUUUCCCGGUCUUGUAUCCUAAUGUCAAGCUGCGCCGUGAAAAAGGUCGACCAAGAACAACUCGGCUUCGAAAUGAAAUGGACGAAGGGGCAGAGCAUCAACCAAGGCCAUUGUGCAGUCUUUAUAGGCAAGAAGGCCAUAAUAGAAGAACAUGCCCCACUCGAACUGUGGCUGGCUCCACUAGUGGCUAA